UAAUGCAAUGGCCCCUAAUACUACUUCAAAGCGUUCUCUUCUCACAUUUCUAACACUUUCGUAUCUCUUAUCGACCGUCCACAUCAACACCAUGGCUGAGGCAAGGAACCUGCAAACCAUGACGGUGGCUGCUGAUCAUUCUGGCUCCGGAAACCUAGUUGAUUGUUGGAACGCGGCGUUAGAGCUCAAGUCUUGCACCGACCAGAUCGUCAAGUUCUUCAUGAGCCGUAACGGUACGGCUGAACCGGGUGUAACCGGUGGUAUUGAUAAAGAUUGUUGUGGAGCCAUUGGGUUGAUAGGGAAGGAGUGUUGGUCCGUUCUGUUUACUUCUCUAGGGCUUACGACUAUGGAAGAGAAUAUGCUUAGAGAGUAUUGUGAUUUUCAGGCGGAGAAGCUGGUAUUUUCACCGUCACCGUCUCCGUCGCCGGAAACUAUGGCUUUGUCUCCGGUUGAAAUUACGUAUCCGGGACUUGAUUAAUUAAUUAUAUGGCUUCUUUUUCUUGUGUUUAAAGUUAAUAAAGAUUACCUUUUCGGUGUUCUUAACAUUAGACGU